UUUUUUUUAAAAACGCAUAAAGAAAAUAUCAAAAAAUCUGAAAAUGUGAAGAAAUAAGAAAAUAAAUACAAGCCUCACAUUAUUUAUGUGUCCGGAGUUCAGUUAGUAUUUUUAGGAAAUGUUUGUGCACCACCUUCAAGCUCAUCACAUUAUCAUUUCUAAAACUGAAAUACAUAACGUGUCAGAGGAAAAUAAGACACAAUUACAGGUAUAACAUAUAAUUCAAAAUCAACAUCCUCUCGAGGAAAAUAACAUAAAAAAGUGAAAUCCAGCAAACACUGAUUUCACAAUUUCAUCAAAUAUACCUUUAAAAAACUGUGCCCAAACGUCACACUAUUCAAUAAAAAACAGACUAAGCAACAUAAAAUUUUUCAAAAAAACAUCUAUCAAAAAAUGUAGAAACAAAACAAGUUUUAAAAAAGCUGCAGGAUUUAAAACAAAGAUAAUCUAACAGAUGAUGUCAGUAAAAAAUAGUCUUUCAGAAACACCAAAACAACGAGUGAUGAGAUUCAAACAGGAACAAAAAUGUGUAAAUAUUAAAAUAAGGGGAAUAAAUGUGAUGAUCAGAGAGGAACGUUUUAAACUGGAAAUAAGCGUCUGUCCUUAAAGUCGCCACUUUGUCCUCUGCAGCAGCAGCAGCAGGAUGGUCGUGGUGCCUUCAGGCGUCGAGUCAAACCUCCAGAGUCUCUGCUUUUAAUGGACCUCUGCCGUGUUUCACACCAGUGAACAGACGCAGCUGGAAAAAAUACAAACUGCUCGGCAUGUGGGAGGAGGACUGAAGCAGAAACACAACAUGAGUUAUUACAUAUGUGAUUUAAAGGUGCAAACCGCCUUUUUAAUAUAUCUGAGCCCUAAAACACAUCUCUAAACCUCCUGCAGCUGUAAAAUAAAACAUCUUCAAACAACAUCAGAUGAUUGUUUCCGUUAUUUUAAAGGACAUGCAGCUUCCGAAAUAUCAGCUCUGUUUUGUCUUUACCCUUGAGGGCGCAUUUGAAAGCAUCACAUCAGCAUUUUUAUUACUAUUAUUUGGCGAAUUACAGAAAAUGAUUUAAAAUGCAAACCACAGAGAAGCAGUCCAUUACUGGAAAGUGUAAUCUCUGUUGCAUUAACAAGGGACCUCUGUUCAUCAGUAAAUGAUCUCAGAAUAACUUCAUUUCUAUGACACUGAACAUGCUCUCCUGCAGACUUCUUCAUGUGUAACAGAGGUGUCCUGUCCCUGUGUUGGAGUGACUGAGAGCUCUGAAGCGCCUCCUUCCUCUUUGCCAUUUUUAACGCGACAUAUUGGAAUUUAAACACUCUUUUCAAUGCAUGUCAUUCAGCCGUUUCGAAAAUGAACUUGUUUUUAGAUGCUGAUGAUUAUUCAAUUCAGCAAUCAUUUAAAACAACUGUCUCCCUUUUUAGGAGGUUUUAAACAUCUGUAGGAUGAAUUAAUUAACCCACAGUUGCUUUCUUAAAUGAACCUGAUAAAAAUCAGAUAAUAAACCGAUAUCAAACGACUCUGUUAUUAUGUUAAAUGCCUGAAAACCAAUUAUUUCCUUAUCUAAACAUACAUUUUCCAACCUGGGGCAUGGGGCCCCUUAAAUGGACCCAAGAUUACGCAGAAAAAGUCCGAUGAUCAGAGAGAUGGAUCCUCUGGUUUCAUUCAAUUCAGCCGUUUUUCCUUGUUUGAAAUAAACGCUUUAAUAUCCCUUCACACAAUUAGACUGGAUCCAUCUGAAAUCAAACAGCAUGAUUAUUUUCAUACCCUGUGUUGCGUCUUUGUGAGAUAACCAUGUUUUAUGUCGCUGCAGCACUGAACCUCCAUUAAAAUUCUGCCCGUUUUAAAGCUGCAGUAUCUCCUGACUCUGCGUGCAUCAUGACCUCAUCAGCCAGCGUCUCUGGUGGGAAACAAACUCGCCUUGACUUUGUCCUUAUUUGUAGUGAGUUUUUCUCCCAACAUAACAACAGUCAUUAAGCGUGUUGAUGUUUGAAUUGACGCUCUCUGGGGACUAAAGAUGUUGUAUUUUCCCACAGGGAGGAAAUGUGUGUUUAUGAGGUUUAGUUUGGUGGAAGCUGCUCGUGUCUGUGCAGGUCUGAGGCUGAUAAGACCCAGACUGGAGGAUUAUGGUAAUAACAGGCUGACUCCCUGACUGACUGCAGGGUCCCAUCACAAGCGUGCGGUAGGGAAGGGUAAUGGUGGGCGGGCUGCGGACCUUAUCAGUGUGUUGCAGUGGGUGAUUCUUCACACAGUCACAUGACGAGCGACACCUUGAUUCUCACUGCGGCUGGACAAAGAACAGCUCAGCGGUUUUAUCACCAAAAACAGCCCCAAAGUGGCGACUUGAUGGUGCAUGUCGAUUGUUUUAAAAGCAGGCGUCCCCCCGCGGUCAUCGGUUUUGAGAGGCAGAUAUCAUCAGUAAUAAGCUGUAAUGACUUUUACCUUCAUGCUCCAUUAUGCUUUAGAGGUUUCCCGCAAUUUUCAGGAGCUCGUCAAACUCUCAAAUCUCUCAAAAAAAGAGAAACCUCUCAAAGAAAUCAAUCAAAGGCGUCGUUUUCUUUGGUUUGGCGUCAAAGAGGACAAUUUCUGCGGCGUUGGCUGUGUCGUACCCCACCAUCAACUCAUCAGAUAAGAACGCCGCUCUGCGGCUCCUUCAGCAGAGCGGUGACCUUCAGAAAACAAAAAACCUGUCUCCUGAAGUGGUCACUUUUCUGUCCACGAAGGUUUUUUCCAUUCACGUUGAGUCCAAAAUAAAGCAAAGGAUGCGUGGUGCUUCUUUUUCAGGAUGAGAAUGGGAUGAAACUGUAUGUACGGUUGCCAAGGAGACCGCAGGCGGAGGGGUAGUUAGAGGCUGUUAACCCACACACCCUGUGUUUUUAUUCACACAGCUCUCCUGCUUCGUCCUCAGGAAUCACUUCAGGAGACGCUCAGCUCAGGUAAGAAUCCAGGUCUCUGUCAGAUUUGCAGUAAAGGUGUUUUUUGUUUGUUUUUUUUUAACUUUCAGGAUGUUAGUGUUGAAUAAAAAAGAAGACAUGACUUCACUCUGUCAGAGCGCUGAGUUUUUCUCUCUCUGCUGCUUUUUCCUGCAGUCAGGAGGAGGAGAACCCAGGGGACGCUGCAGCUUUAAAUGGACAUAAUUGAGUGUCAAUGAUCACCACAUCAGCUGCGGAGUAACUAAUGCAGGCGGUCCCACACGCUCGCCCCCUGAAAGAGAGACCACCAAACUGAGGGAAAACGCCGUCCCAUCAGCAGGCUCAGCUGUGCGCCCGUCACGCUCCCACGCUCACUUCACUUCUCAUUUCUCCUCUGGUUGCAGCCCACUGGAGCUUUCGCUGAGGAAUUAUCUGCUGUCAGGACCUGUUCGGGACGCAAACAGGGACUCAAGCCGGACCGAGGGGGGCUGAGCCAUGCUGUCUGCCGCCAUUCAGAUCCUGGCGUUCGCCCUGGCUCUCCUGGGCGUCCUCGGCGCCACCGUGGCCACCCUGCUGCCCAACUGGAAAGUGAGCAUGAACGCCUGGUCCAGCGUCAUGACCCCCAUCUCGCAGAUGCAGGGUCUGUGGAUGGACUGCGUGUGGUACAGCUCCGGCGUCUUCAGCUGCACCAUGAAGAACUCGAUGCUGUCGCUGCCGGCGUAUCUGCAGACCACUCGGGCCGCCAUGGUCCUGUCCUGCAUGGUGGCGGCGUUUGGACUCUGUCUCGCCUCUCUGGGACUUAAAUGCACUCGAUGGGGGGGGAGCCAUCGAGCGAAGGGGCACACCGCCAUCGCCGCAGGGGGGUGCUUCAUCCUGGCCAGCCUCCUGUGCCUGGUACCGGCGUCCUGGUUCACCAACGAAGUCAUCACGGUGUUCCUGACCACCGACCUGCCAGACAGCAGUAAAUAUCAGCCUGGAGGAGCGCUUUGCGUGACGUUUAUCUCAGCUGGUUUCCUCCUGGCUGGGGGUGUCAUUUUUUGUAUGUCGUGUCCUGGAAAAAGAACGAGACGACCGGACUACCCUUACUCCCCCGACCCUGACAGACAGGUAAUGUGCGGAGAUGAUUGUCGGAGGCGGGAGCUGCAGACAGAGCACGUGCUGCCGAAAAACAAAUCAGUUAAGCUUCAGACGGACAAAGUGAAGGAGGAGAAACCUCUUCAAGAGAAACCAGAGCAGAAGGUCUACUCGUCGCCCUCAAAACUCCCUCCGAAAGACCUCAAGGACAGCUACAGCCUCCAGGAGUACGUGUAGCCCUCACAGCCGAGUGGAAAUGUGGAGUUUUCAGCUGAGGCUUUCUGACUCGUAGGAAGGGGGGAGGCGGACGGGGGGGGAGGUGUGUUUGAGUGGGAAUAAUUACCAAAUGUUGGAUUCAGCUGAAUGACUCAGAAAGGAGACAGAAAACAGGGAACAGGAGGCGUUCACAGGCACCGAACACUGUAAAUCUUUGAGAAACUGACGCAGCUUUCUCACACCAAAGAGCUGAACCUGCUGAUUGUAAUAAAAAAAAAAAGAAAUAGGUCUCUGUCUGAGAUUGAAAGCCAUCAUUUUCCAGCUGCAGAUGUUGUCUGCCGACUGAGAUUAUAUAGUGCUGAUGCAGGGCCCAAAGCUUUCUGCAACUCUGAGCAGGAUUUCACCAACUGGGCCAGAAACAGAUACUUAGUCAAAGACAGAGGGAAAUGAACAAACAGUGAUUUUUGAAAACUAAAAUAUUGACCAAAAAUAGCUAAAAUGUCACAUCUUCAAACUCAAUGUUGCUUUAUUUGAGAUGACCUCUAAAGAGUUUUAAAGUUUUGCUAAACACCAACUUAUCAAACCGUAAUGAUAUAGUAUUAGUGCAUUAAGUCCUACAGUUUUAACAUAACUUGUGUUGUUAUGAUCAGGCCUGUUAGCAUUAACACCUUUACAACAAUGAAAUUCAGGUCAAAGACAAACUCAUCAACUUUUUUUGAUCCCUUUCUGCUAAUUAAUUGGACUUUGCUGCUCCUGCGAUGAAAAGUAACACCACUGUGCUUUUGAAUGGUACAAUCAGACUGAUGUCAUUGGGCAACUCAACACUGGCAGAGCAAUGUAAAGUACCAUGCAAUUUUAAGGGACGCACACAGGACGUGUUUGGGAGGGCAAGAGCAAUGAAAUCAGAACUCCUGAAAAGUGCAAACGUUGUCACAUUAACACGGAGUCCCUGGAUCAGCGAGUAAUCAAAUUUAUCUCAAAAUAACUGCUCACUAUUUCGGCUCUGAUCUGACAUUUAUUUCUUUGGCCUCUAGGUAAUAAAAAUAAACCCAGUGUUUGACAGAGUCAGCACUUUUAAAGUCAUGAUUUCAGACCACAGCAGUGUAGCUGCACAGCAUUUAUUCAACUAAUAAAUAUAAAAGUCAAAAAGACUUAAAAUGUUUUAAAAGGCAAAAAAGUGGAACCUUUUUUACAAGCGAAAAAUUGCAAUUUAAAAAAAUUUAUAAUUUGACAGCAGUAUAAAUGUCAAUAUUGGUCCAUAACAGAACUUUAAAAUUUUUUUGUUUUUUUUAAAUAGAGACACUGGUAAGAUUUAUUUUGCUUUGAUAAAGAAAAGAAAAAAAAAAUUCAAAACACUGGAAUUUUUUUACAUGUGAUUAAUCACAAUAAAGUGAAAUUAUUAACCACGAUUUUAUCAUUUAAUUGGCUGAUAGCAUUAUUUCAAAAGAUAAAAAUGAGCUGUUAUUGACAAACUCCUGCUUACGCAGUUCCCGUUAAAACCUUUAAAAGUUUGUUUGGGUAAGAGUAAAAAAAGUUCUCAUUUAUUUUUGUUAAUCUGAGCUUUCAAAACUUGUGACACAGAUCGAUUUUUCAAGUUCUGUAGUGCAGCAGUGUUACAGAAUGGUAGUACUUCCUGAGUAGGUAUAAAUUUACAAAAAGUGCCAAAAUGUUUGAGCAGGAAGUCACUGAAAAUUUUGUACAGACUUCCUCAGAACAACUUUCUCUACGUGUUUCUCCGCUUCUUAUGGUGGUGCCCUUUUUACUCUCUGCUUCGGGCCGGCUCUGCAUUCUGAAGUGAUUUCUAAAAAGUCUGUCUUUGAGCUUACCGUUGUUGCUUUAGAUGCUGCUUACUUACAGCUCACAUUUGGUGAAAACAGUGUGGCAGUAGCAAUAAAAACAAGAUAGAGUUUUAGAUUCAUGUUGAAUUUGAAGGUUAAAAAAAAGUCCAGAUCCAAGGUGAUAAAAUAACGGCAGCCGCUCCAUCUUUUCCUGGUGGUUAGGGGGGGAGGCGAGAGGUGCAGAGCGGCAUGGAGAGAGGUAAUGAUGCUCUUUGCUUUCCCAUUAUCCUCUCACCACGGUUGGAUGCACACUGCACACACUCACUCCCCUCCACCCAGCCUCCUUCAGCUGUAUGAAAGGGCAUCCAGUCAUUUUCAGGAUGUAAAUCUAAGGCCUGAUGGAGACUGGAGCGUCCACGCUAUAUUUGGUGGGUGGCUGUCCUCUAACCUAAGGUGGGCUGUCAGUCAAACCUGCCAACACUUCCUGAGGAUAAAAAAGGAAGAAAAAAAAAAACGCUGAGCUGAACGCCCACACUGCCUCUCAGGAAAGCUUCAAACCUACACCAAAAAAAAAAAAAAAACAAUUUAGAAGAGAAAAUAGAUUUGAUUCGUCAGCACUGCAGCAACAUUUCACUGUCGAACCUGACAGUGAUGCUCUAAUGGAGGGAACAGGAUUCAUUCUGCACAAGCAAGAAAACAAAUCCAAGCAUGGCACAAGAACAAAUACAUCACCAGGAAAAUGGACUCAUCCUGCACCUCAGCGCUCCUGCUUUUCAUAGCUUUGUAAUCAAACCUCACUCACAUUGUGAUUCUGUGUUAUACUGUUGUAUUUUUCUAAUAAAUUAACACAGAAGAAGAACAGGGCCACUUAAAAAACAGAACCAGAGGAGAAAAGUAAUACCCUAAAAUUAAGAUCUCAAAUUUGUGAGAAAAAGGCCUAAAUUUACAGGGGGGGAAUAUCAGAAAAAACUCUCAGUGAGAGCAAAAAACACCAAAAUUGUGAGAAAAGAACAAAGAUCUGUGGAAGAAAAAGGGUACAUUUGUAAGUUCAAAAGGCUGGAUCUUGGUAAGAAAAAAAGGCCUUUUGAAAAAAAAAAGCAUGUUUAGGAAAUAAACUCAUGUUGAGUUAAAACUGGCACAUUUAUGAGAAACGGUAAUUUGAAGAAAGAAAAAUAAAAACUGGAAAUUUGAAGCACAAAGUGGCUAAUGUGAGGGAACAAUAACCAAAUAUGUACAAGAAAAAGCAGUAAAUUGAAGAGUUCAAAACAUCACAAAUACGUGGGGAAAAAUGAGCAUAUUCAAAGAAAAAGUAAGACAUUACAAAGAAGAAAAAGUAGCUAUAUAAGAGAAAUGAACAAUUAGUGAGAAGAAAAUAAUAAAUUCAUGGGGAAAAGUGUCAAAGAAAUAAAUUACAAAUUUGUGAGAAAAAAAAACAGUGAUUUUUGAAAAUACAGUCCCAAGAUGGUUUUUAUUUUUCAUACAUUUGUCACUUGCCUUUUGUUUGUCUCAAAAAUGUGAUUUUGACCUUAGAAGAUUACUUUUCUUCUCCACAUCCAUUUUUUUCUUUUUUCAGUCUUUGUUUGCCAAUAGUCUUCUCUCAGAUUUAUAACUCUAUUAUUUUGAUGAAGUUUUGACCUCUAGUGUAAAACUCAAGCAGCCAAAGCUGAAAACUGCAGCUUCUCCAUUCAUCCACAUGAGGUGUUUUUAAAAGCCCAGGAAACUCAUUAUUACAGCAAUAAUAAACAUUCACAGGCUUAUUCAAAUACA